AUGGCUGAAGUUGGAGGGCGUAAUGUGUUGGUCAUCAUCGGAGCUGGAGGCAUGGGCUUGUUCAUCGCUCGACGUCUAGGCAGCGGCAGAACUGUCUUUCUCGCCGACUACUCUCAAGCAAUGCUCGAGAAAGCGGAGCAGACUCUCCGUUCCGAAGGCCACACCGUUUCCACCAUCUCAAUGGAUGUAUCUUCCUACGACGCAGUCCAGAAAACAGCCCAAGCUUCUGCAGCCCUAGGGGCAAUCGAUGCAAUUGUCCACACUGCGGGCGUAGCACCAGGUGCUUCGAACUCUCGACAAAUCUACACGAUCGAUCUCCUGGGAACCGCCAAUGUUAUCGAUGCUUUCCUUCCAGUCAUCUCGUCUGGCACUUCGCUGGUGUGCAUUGCGAGUAUGGCAGGCAGUAUGAUUCCAAUCUCUCUUGAGCUCGAAAAACAUUUAGCUACAGCGCCCAGGAACCAGCUCCUCCAGCACAAAGACAUUGUUCUUAGUGAGGAAAUUGAAGCUGCAGGCGUGGCAUACGCAGUUGCCAAGCGCGGAAAUCAACUCAGAGUACAAGCUGCUGCUGUUCCUUAUGGCAAGAAGGGCGCGAGAGUGAACAGUGUCAGUCCUGGUGUCAUUUCAACUGCGCUUGCGCAGGCCCAGCUCGAUACACCUGCGGGCGAGAAUAUGAGGGCUAUGAUUGCGAUGAGUGCGGUGAAAAGGAUAGGAACGCCUGAUGAUAUUGCGAAUGCGGUGGCUUUCUUAGCGAGUCGUGAGAGCAGUCUUAUUUCUGGUAUUGAUCUUUUGGUUGAUGGAGGGGCGGUAGCUGGACGGAAGUGGCCUGAAGCAUGA